AUGACGACAGAAGACUGGCUUGCCCAGGGUGAGGCAAAGCGCCAAUCGAUCUACAACGCAAUCCCAGAGAAAUGGAGACUGGAAGACCCUGUGCCCCCAGCAGCGGAAUUGCGCGAUGUCACCGGCCCCUAUAUCCAGCAGUUCCUCAACGCGCGUGAGAUUGAAAUCACCGAAUCCGAUGCGUUUGAGAUCACUUCGCAGACUACCACAGGCCGCUGGUCUGCCGUUGAAGUCACCGAGGCCUUUUGUCACCGCGCUGCGCUGGCUCACCAAUUGGUCAGCUGUCUGCACGAGGUAUUCUUCGACGCAGCUAUAGAAAGCGCCACUGAACUCGAUGCCUACUUUGCGAAGCACCAGGCUCCCGUGGGACCUUUACACGGGCUCCCCGUCAGUCUGAAGGAUCAGUUCCAUGUCAAAGGUGUCGAAACCACCAUGGGCUACGUGGGCUGGAUCGGCACCUUCGAGGGUCACCGCGAUGAUCCCCGCCGCGGGACAGUGGAGAGCGAGCUGGUGCGGGAAUUGCGCAAUCUCGGAGCUGUGCUGUACUGCAAGACCAGUGUGCCUGCAACCCUGAUGACCGGCGAAACCGUCAACCACAUUAUCGGCUACACCACGAACCCAAAGAAUCGGCUGCUCUCCUCCGGUGGCAGCUCCGGCGGCGAGGGCGCGCUGAUUGCCCUUCGUGGGUCGCCCGCUGGCUUUGGAACCGAUAUUGGAGGCAGCGUUCGCAUUCCCGCUGGUUUCAAUGGGCUGUAUGGCAUUCGGCCUUCUGCUGGAAGGAUUCCUUACCAGGGAGCAGCGAACUCGUUCGAUGGUCAGAAUACGAUAUUGUCGGUCAUCGGCCCGCUGGCAACAACGGCGCGGUCUGUGACUUUGUUGUUCAAGUCUGUUCUGAGUCAGGAGCCGUGGUAUCAGGAUCCCCUUGUCUUGGAGCUGCCAUGGCGGGAUGCUAUUGUUGAGGAAACGCGUGACUUGAUCAAGAAGGCUCAAGCUGGGUCAUCCUCGCUCGCCUUUGCUAUUAUGCAUUGGAAUGGUAUAGAUCGGAUUCAUCCGCCCGUUGCACGAGGGUUGCGCAUGGUCGAAGAGACAUUGAAGCGUCUAGGGCACAAGGCAUGUAUCUUUCUGCAACACCAACACGGCACAUCUGACGGUUCUUCCAAAUAG